AUUCCGUCUUCUCCGUUUCCUCCUGACUCUGCUGCUUUUCGCUUAGCUACAUCGUCCAAGCCAAGCUCAUACCGUAACUACAUGUCAGAUGAUGCACUGGGGUGGUUUUUAAUAAAGACCACCCGCUAUGCAGUGCUGGCGCUCGUUGCUCGGCUUGUAGGCUUGAAUUUGUCCGUAGAGUCUGAGAGUAAGAUAUCAGGAAGCUGAAGAAAAGAGAACUGAGAGAGCAGACAGACAGGAGGCCACGGUUCCCCCUCACACACAUACAUACAUCACCACGGCCUUGAUGGUGAUGUAUGCAAGGAAACCAACAAGAGUCAGCGAUGGGUGCAACGACAGAAGGGAUUCACAAUCCUAUCAGACCCAUAAAUCUCAGCCAAAGAGCCAGUCCAGCAGCCUUCACCGUUACGACAAGGUGCGCGAUGGCUCCUCAGACCCAACACCCCCCUACAAGAUGCUGCGACGCUCAGACGAAAGUCCUGUCAGCAGGCAUGGAGAUGGAGCAGGACAUGGCAAGGCAAAAACCUCUCAUGCUGUCAGAGGUAAAAAUGGGACCAGUGGCUCUCCUCAGGAGAACUCUCACAACAACAGCUCCCACCACGGCUCAGACUCGCAUGCGACUCAGAGCAAGCCUGCAGACAGGGACCCGGCAGAUGACUGGACAGAACACAUCAGCUCCUCUGGGAAAAAGUACUACUACAACUGUAGAACUGAAGUCUCCCAGUGGGAGAAGCCCAAGGACCUGUUGGAGAGGGAACAACGACAGAAAGAUUCAGUUAAGAUGGCAGCGAACAGUUUCCCAAGAGACAUGGACUACAGACAAGAGGCCUUGCAGGACAAAGCCACCACAAAGACCACAUCAGCAGACCAGUCCACUGCAUCCAACUCCGGCCAUUCCUCCUCUUCCUCUUCUUCUCAGAGCCUGAACUCUGCUCCCACUGCUCUGGGUUCCACCCCUUCCACCUUGUCCUCCUCUUCCUCCUCGGGACAGGUGCCUCAGUCUGUCCAGUCCCCGUCACCAGCCCUGCUGCAGGACCCGGCUAUCCUACAUCAGCUCCUCCCGGCUCUGCAGGCCACUCUGCAGAUGAACAACGGCAGUAUGGACAUGGCUAAACUUAAUGAAGUCUUGGCAGCUGCUGUCACCCAAGCUUCCUUGCGGUCUGUGCUUCAUAAGCUCCUCACUGCUGGACCUGCUUUCAACGUCACUGCUCUGCUCUCAGCUGCUCAGCACUCCAACCAAGCCCAGCACUCCAGUCAGUCCCCCGUCUCUCUGACAUCAGACGCUUCUUCACCGCGGCCGUAUGUCUCGCCACGAAACGGCACACCACAGAGCACCCAGAAAUCUCUUAUGGGUGUUCACCAAGGCAGUAUCACAUCCUCACAAGCAAGGGCCAGCAUGUCGUCAGGUAAACAAGGAUCAGUUUCCCUGUCUCAGACUGUGGAGAAGCGUCCAGAGGACCCCAGAACUCUCCAGCAGAGAAGCAGCCAGGACAUUCUGUGCACGGGAUCAAACUUACCUGGUGCAGCGUUGCCCCACAUCCCCUCCAGCAGCACCAGCCAAACCUCAUCCGACACCCCUGGCACCUUCACCCCCACCCUGGCAGCUUAUUUUGAUGAGAACCUCAUCAGACAUAUCCAAGGAUGGCCUUCAGAGAACACUGAGAAACAGGCGGCUCGGUUGCGGGAGGACAUCCACAACAUGGGCAGUUUGUACAUGUCAGAGCUCUGCACAGAGAUGAAAAACCUGCGCUCCCUGGUCAGAGUGAGUGAAAUACAGGCUACACUAAGGGAACAGAGGAUCCUGUUUCUGAGACAGCAGAGCAAAGAGCUCGACAAGCUGAAGAAUCAGAACUCAUACAUGGUCUGAGGAGACCAGAGAAGAAAGGACAGGAAUGGAUGGAUUCAAAUAUCAAUAAUAAAGGAAUAAACAUGGACAGCAUCUGCUCCAGCCUGUUUAUUCUUUACAAGAAGCGACUGAGAAAAGCUGUUCAACACAUAUGAGGCAGCAGUGACGCUCCAUCAUCCUGAACGUCUUUGUUUCUUUCCUUUUUUAAAAGAGUUUGUUUUCCAGUGUCCACCACAUACUCUCUCUGGGUGGUGAAACUGUCGCUUCACUGAGUCGGACACUUUACCCAGUGGACACAGAGGACCUGAGGCGUUUUUCAGACAGCACCUUCUCGGACUGUGAACCUUGGAUUGUGUGUAUCGUAUUGGGUUAACUUGUUUUCUGGUGUGUUUUUUGAUGUGUAGUGGUCAGGAAAAGAUUACGAUUCAUUCUUGGGAAAAAUCAAUUAAAACAAAACCAUCUCAUAAUAAUCAGUGUGACUGUUUUUUUUUUUUGUUGUUGUUUUUAGGGUGAGCAGGGAUGUUUGUUCCCUUAUCCUCUGACUCAGUCAUGCAUUGAAAUGUACGCUUUCAAUGGCAGUGAUGUUACUAAUGUUAUUUUUUACUCACUAUACCUGUCUGUGGUUCUCCCACACCGGCGUGUCUUCGAGCUGGGUGGAUUUUCAUGUCGAGAGAUUAGCGAAGACCUUGGGCCAGAUCUGUCUGAAAAUACUUAAUGUGCUUCAGUUGCUUUGUCUCCCUGAUGGGAAACAUUCCAGUGGUGAAGAUUCACUGGAGCAUUUGUGGCUAGAUCACACACAAAGCCAUUUUGAAAAAAGCCUAUACUAUUGGACCUAGAUUGGCUGCUAGUGCAUAUAAGGUUAUAUUAAUUUGUAGCCCUGCUGGCAUUCUGACUUUUCUCUUCUUCCCUUCUGCUACUCGUCUUUCUUUCUUUCUUUGUAUAAUUUUUUUUGUUUCUCUCCCUUCUCUGAUGGGAGAAAUACUUCAUUCCUUUUGUGCAGCUUAGCAAGAGAUUGUGUAAAAGAGUAGAAAAGUGACUAAACUUGCAGUCAUGUAAAGCUAAAUUAUUGUUGCACACGACUGAUUACGUCCACGUUGUCGUAAUGGAAGAAAAAAAAAUUCAGUGGAUUUAUUUUUAAAAAAAGGAAACUCAUGUUUAGUUUUCUGUUGUGGCCGCGGCCGUUUUUAUUAACUGACUCUAGCCAGAUGUGGCUACUUUUUUUAAAGGCUUCACUCAUGACGAGAGGGUAUACUUUUUAUACAUUAAACUGCAGUCGUACACUUCUACACCCAUAAAGCAACUUCCUUUGUCUCUUGGCUGUUCUUUUCUUUGUCUUUGAAAAGUUUCCACCACAUCUGAUGUGCACACUUCUGUUUUUGGGGUGGGCGGUGGGGUCGGGGGGCUUUGUAUUCCAUAAAAUAUGAGAAUAA